AUGGAGCAUCUGCAUAUGGAUUGCUGCUUCUCAUAUCAACUACGAUUCAUCGUCAUCAAUUCAUUUCAUGAUCAAGCGUCGUCGUUGUUGAUCUCCGAGCAUGUUUCGUUCAAAUUGAGCUUCGAAUCUAUCCGAAUUAGGGUUUUAUGUUGUUUGAUUCGUUCAAGAGGUUCGGUGACAGUGCGUGGAGCCGCCUACAGUCUACCAUUGCUAAUCCUCUUACAUCAGAGGUUCUACAAGUCACCUAACUCAGUCGUGAACAAGGGAAGGACUCAAAUCAGGAACAAACAGCGAAUUUUGUCCCAGAUCCAAGCCAGAUCUAUUCCGCCACUUUUGGAAGGCAAAGAUGUUCUUGGAGCUGCAAGGACAGGUUUUGGAAAGACCCUUGCUUUUCUGAUACCAGCUGUGGAGUUGUUACAUCAAAUCCGAACAGGGGUAAUUGUCAUCUGCCCAACUAGGGAACUUGCCAUACAGACACAUGUAGUGGCAACGGACCUUCUUAAUCAUCAUUCACAGACUCUUGGCUUGGUUAUUGGUGGCGCAGCUCGCAAGGGAGAAGCAGAGCAUAUUGUGAAAGGAGUAAAUCUAUUAGUAGCAACCCCUGGCCAACUUCUUGACAACCUACAGAACACUAAGGGAUUCAUAUAUAAAAAUCUAAAGGGUUUGUUGUUCAUGUUGUAUUUGAUCAUUAGUAUUGCCAAAAGGUGUUUGUCUUCUGUUUUUAAAUGCAUGUCUAUACUGAGUAGUUAUAGAUCACAAGGUGCAUGUGUGAGUGACAUGAUAAACAUGCUUGUUUCAGGAACUUAUUAUGCUGCAGUCAUUGAGAAUUGCACUGAUUUUGUUGGUCGUGUGGUUGUGGAUGUUGGUGCUGGCAGUGGUAUUCUGCCAUUAUUUGCAGCUCAAGUUGGUGCUAAACAUGUUUAUGUAGUGGAAGCAUCUGAAAUGGUAGAAUAUGCCUGCAGACUUAUUGCUGGGAACCCAUUGUUGGCUCAAAGAAUUAUGGCGCAAUUUUUUGUAGCCAAGGGUAAAAUUGAAGAAGUUGAAUUGCCUGAGAAAGCAGAUAUUUUGAUCUCGGAGCCAAUGGGUAAGCUUAUCAUGAUUAGAUUGAGUGCAGAAGUUCCACCAGCUGUUUGUGAGGAUUGUUACAAACGGGUCAUGAAUGAGUUCAUGUAG